AUCUGUUUCUCCCUCUUUCACUGGUGAUACAAAACUGAGCGUUGCUAUACUGCGGCUUUGUUUGUUCUUUCUACCCCGCCGCCUCCAAGCAUCAGUUGAUCAUCACCAGACGUCAUCCCAUCAUCACAGUACUUGAAGUAUCUUCUUAUAUCAUCAUCUCCAUUGUCUAUUCGGCUUGUCAUCUAUUGUUGUUUCUUUAUCAUUUCAUCAUUGGAUUUUCCAUCCAUCGUUGUUCCUCUAUAUCUCUCUCAACCAUUGACCCACUUCUGAUAUAUCAGAUUCCCUCCCCCCUGUCCACAUCUCAUCUCAAACUAACCUGUCGUUGUCACCCCCUCCCAUCCAUCCAUCGCCAUCUGACUUGAGGUCUUACCCACCCCAACACUCAACAUCACAAUGUUUCGAUACAAUAACCCCAAUGCCCUCCCCACUUGUGGCAUCUACAUCAUGGUCGACAAUGAUAUCAAGUUUCUCCCCAUCGUGUCUCUUGAUGUUCACACUUCCAUUGUUGCCUCAACCUCUCGGACUGUCUUGACCCAGACGUUCGGCACCACAGGUACCUCCCUCAAGAAUGUGAAAUAUGUCUUCCCCCUCUAUGAUGGCGUCUCUGUCGUGGGGUUUGAAUGCACCAUUGGGUCGCGCGUGAUCAAGGGUGUUGUGAAAGAGAGAGAAGAAGCCAAGCAAGAAUACCAGGCUGCUGUAGCAAGUGGCAAAAUCGCGGGCUUGCUCGAGCAGUCUUUGGAGGCAUCCGAUGUCUUCAGCACCUCGCUUGGUAAUAUCCCCAGCCGCGCUAAGAGUGUCAAGGUUGAGAUUACAUAUCUGGGAGAGCUGAGGCAUGAUGCUCAGGUGGAUGGACUGCGCUUCACCAUCCCCACCAAGUUAGCUCCGCGAUAUGGACAGCAUUCCAUGACUGGUAGCAACACUUUCCAAGGUGGAAAACACAUCACCAUUACGGUUGAUACUGAUAUGUCUAGUGGUUCGGCCAUCAAGAGCAUUCAGUCGCCGUCUCAUCCGAUCUCUGUCAAUAUCGGCACCCUUUCCACCGCAACAUCUGACACACCAUCUUUACAGAAAGCCCACGCGACUCUGUCCCAAGGAUCAGCAGAGCUAGACAGGGAUUUCAUCAUCCAGAUUGUCGCCACCGGUCUUGGUGAUCCAAUUGCGGUCUUGGAAACGCACCCUACGAUUCCAAACCAGCGGGCUUUAAUGGCGACGCUUGUCCCUAGGUUCAACCUGCCCAUGGAAAUGACUGAAGUUGUCUUUUUGUGUGAUAGAAGCGGAAGCAUGGGAGGUGGACAAAAGAUUCCCAACGUUAUUGAUGCGUUGAAGAUUUUUCUAAAGUCUAUGCCUGUUGGAAUCAAGUUCAACAUUUGCAGCUUUGGAUCACACUAUGAAUUCUUAUGGGAGCGUUCCAUGACAUACGAAGAAGGGACAUUGGAAACAGCCAUAAACCAUGUCAGUGGAUUCUCAGCCAACUUCGGCGGUACAGAAAUGUACCGGCCGAUGGAGGAUGUAUUCAAGCGACGAUACAAAGAUUUGAACCUCGAAGUCAUUUUGCUCACUGACGGAGAGAUUUGGAGUCAGGAAGCCUUGUUCAACCUCAUCAAUACCCAAGUCUCUGAAAGUAAAGGUGCUGUUCGAGUCUUCACCCUGGGCGUAGGAACAGAUGUCAGCCAUGCCCUGAUUGAAGGCGUCGCUCGCGCAGGCAAUGGAUUUGCUCAGACGGUGGGAGAAAACGAAAAGAUGGACAGGAUGUUGAUCCGAAUGUUAAAGGGGGCCCUGACUCCUCACAUUACGGAUUACACGCUUGAGAUCAAGUAUGAGAAUAAUGAUGGCUCGGCAGAAGAGAAUGAUGACGACUUUGAAGUUAUCGAAAGGGUCAUGGAUGCGAUGACCUUGGAGGUACCCUCCUCGGGACAAGCGGAAGAAAGUCGCACUCAACAAUCCCAGCAACCCAUCUCUCUGUUUGACCAGAGUGUCCAAGACACCGACUUGGAGAUGUCUAAUACCUCCAAUUCAGUCAAGGCGAAACUUCCACCCCUGACUGUUCCUCGAUAUCUCCAGGCCCCGUUCCAAAUCCCACCUCUGUUCCCAUUCAAUCGCACGAGUGUCUACGUCUUACUCUCAGACUCGACACCAAAUCGUCAGCCUAAGAGUGUUAUACUCAAAGGCACCUCUCUCCAUGGUCCACUUUCACUGGAAAUUCCCAUUGCGACUCUUACGGAGAGAGGUACUACCAUUCACCAGUUGGCAGCCCGAAAGGCCACCAGAGAGCUCGAAGACGGCCGCGGUUGGAUAUUUCACGUCAAGAAUCAAGAUGGCAAGCUGUUGCAAGAGCAGUUUGACGGCCAAUUCAGCGACAUGGUGAAGAGAGAGGCUGUCCGUCUGGGGACGCAGUAUCAAGUCAGCGGCAAGUGGUGCUCAUUCGUUGCCAUCCAGGAUACUGAUAGAAAUGCCCACACGGGAGAAGAAGGCGAGGAAAAUAACGAUGAUGGCGACGAAGAAGAUGACGACGGAAAUGAAGAGACGGACGACUUUGAGGAGCUCUCGUUUGAUGAAAUCGCAGCUCCAGGAGCCCCUGCCCAGAAAAAGAAAGCUCGCCGGGGUCCUCUCCAGACUGCGCGCAAGUCUACUGGUGGUAAGGCUCCGCGUAAACAACUUGCCUCAAAGGCUGCCCGAAAGUCCGCACCGUCUGCUGCUCCUGGUAAACUUCUCGGAAAGGGUGCCGUCAAACAGCAAAGAGUUGCCUCUCCACAGGCUCAGGGGCUACCUCCAAUGGCUCAGCAGAAACCUAUUAAAAAAACUCCGCAGCAAAUGGCACAGCUACAAAUGUUACAGCAACAGCAAAUGCUACUGCAACAGCCAAUCGCAGAGCAACAAAACAGACGGCGACUACUGAUGGUGCCACAGGAGAUGAUGCCGGCGGGGAUGCAACCGCUGGCUGGAGCACAAAUGGCGGGUGGUAUGCCAACCCAAAACCUAACGCAACAACAGAUGGCGCACCAGCAGAUGGCGCAACAGCAGCAACAGAUGCGGGCGCGGAUGCAGAUGCAGGGUCAAGCAGGAAUGCUGCAACAGAGCACAACUCGCUCUGGGCGUCCAUUUGGCUUAUCCGCGACUGCUAUGGGAGGCGGUUUUGGUACUAGUUCUUCUGGUGGUUUGUUCGGUUCUGCGAAUAAUACUACCCCAACUACUGGUAGUUCUUCGUUUGGAAAUCCUCCUCCUAUUUCUCCUCAUAGUGGCAUGUUUGGUGGUCCUUCUGCUGCUGCGUUCCUUCUAGGGAACACUUCUGCUCCAGCAACUGGUGGUUCUUCGCUUGGCAGUUCCAGUAGCCCUUCAUCUUCUGGUGGCUUGUUCGGUUCUGCGAACAGUUCUGCUUUUGCGCAACAACCGACGAGUGGAGGCCCCUUUGACCUCGACAACAGCGAAAUCGAUGUGCUGUCAACGUUGUCUACUUUGCAAACUUUUGCUGGCAAUUGGCAGUGGAACCCCAGUCUCGAAGGUAUUCUAGGAGUUACUCCAUUGACUGCAACUGUGAAGAUUCAGUUACCUGGUCAGUAUACCCAGCAUAUGGAUGUGUUGGCAACGCUUUGUGCUGUGGUAUUCCUGAAGAAGAAGUUGGCGUCUGAAAAGGAUUCUUGGGAGCUGCUUGUGCAAAAAGCAGAGGAUUGGCUGAGGGCCCGGACGGGGGCAGACGUGCUGGAUUUAGAGAAGCAGGUGGAGGAGAAGUUAUUCCUAAACUGAGGGCUUAUGAAUUAUGAAUCAAGGGAAAUGGUCAAUGGUACUGAAAUAUGAAUUGUUUCUAUUGGGGUAAGGGAUGUUGGGCCAUGAGACAAUGGUACUGAAAUAUGAAUUGUUUCUUUUGGGGUAAGGGAUGUUGGGCCAUGAGAUAGAGCAAGUGAAGAUAUCUUACUCUAGUAUCUGCUACUACUGGUAUAUCUUUCUAGUAGCUUCUGCUAUUGGUAUAUUUCUUUAGUAUCUGCCACGAUAGCUAUAUUUCUCGAUGGGUAGUGAGGUUCCUAG